GGCACAGCCAUUCCAUUGGUUCUGAGAAAGAAAAGUAUGUUCCCUCCAAACUCAUACAACGAAAAGUGAAAUAAAGAAACAGUAAAAAUAUAUAUGAAAAAUAGAAAUAAAAUAUAAGAUCGUAAUAAUUUCUCAUUUCAUCCCCUUACGUUUCUCUGUCUCUCUCUGGCUCGACUGCUACUAUAGCGAGUGGAGAGCAUAUGGAGAUGGAAUCCAGUGAGAGGAAGAGCAAUCAGCGGCGCGUGGGAUUAUUGUACGAUGAGAGGAUGCGAAAACAUCACACUCCUGAUGACGAUAAUCACCCCGAAAACCCCAAUCGCAUCUCUGCCAUUUGGAACAAACUCCUCGCCAACAGCAUUCCUCAAAGAUGUGUGGUUUUGAAUGCCAAAGAAGCCGAAGACAAAAAUCUACUAGCUGUUCACUCCAAGAAUCAUGUUAAUUUGAUUAGAAAUAUAAGCUCCAAACAAUAUGAAUCACAAAGAGAUAACAUUGCUUCCAAAUUCAAUUCCAUUUACUUUAAUCAAGGAUCAUCUGAAGCUGCUUACCUUGCUGCUGGUUCUGUCGUAGAGGUCGCUGAGAGGGUUGCUAAAGGGGAAUUAGAUUCUGCUGCUGCUAUUGUUAGACCUCCUGGACAUCAUGCUGAACAUGACAAAGCAAUGGGAUUUUGCCUAUUCAAUAAUGUCGCUGUUGCAGCAAGUUUUCUAUUAGAUGAAAAUCCAGAAUUGGGUAUUAAAAAGAUUCUGAUUGUUGACUGGGAUGUCCAUCAUGGUAAUGGUACUCAGAAGACAUUCUGGAAGGAUCCUCGUGUUUUGUUCUUCUCAGUUCAUAGGCAUGAGUUCGGGAGUUUUUACCCUGCUAAUGAUGAUGGAUUUUAUACUAUGAUUGGAGAAGGACCGGGUGCAGGAUAUAACAUAAAUGUUCCUUGGGAGAAUGGAAGAUGUGGAGAUGCAGAUUAUCUUGCUGUUUGGGAUCAUAUCUUAAUCCCAGUUGCUAAGGAAUUUAAUCCCGACAUGAUUAUAAUAUCUGCCGGAUUUGAUGCAGCUGUUGGUGAUCCUUUAGGCGGUUGUCGAAUCACACCAUAUGGAUAUUCAGUAAUGUUAAAAAAGUUGAUGGAUUUUGCCAAUGGUAAGAUUGUUUUGGCAUUGGAAGGAGGUUACAAUCUUGAAUCUAUUGCAAAUUCAUUUUUUGCUUGCAUGGAAGUUUUGCUCGAAAGCAAGCCUAUUGCUGGAUCUUCAGAGGCCUAUCCAUUUGAGUCUACUUGGCGUGUGAUACAAGCGGUUCGCAAGAAAUUAAGUGGUUACUGGGCUACACUUGCUGACGAAUUACCCUUGAAGUUAACCAGUCAAAAAGGCCCCCCAGCGCAUCUUUUGAUCUCAAGCUCUGAUUCUGAAGAUGAGGACGACAGAACCUUAAAUAAUGUAUCAUUAAAUAUGGUGGCAGUUGAGCUUGUUGAACCACUUUCAAAGCUAAAAGUUGAAGAAGGAUAUGAUCAACUGGCCACAAAAUCUAUUCCUUGGAGAUCAGAGCUGUCAAAGACAGAAAUAUGGUAUGCUACUUAUGGAUCAAAUAUGUGGAAAUCGAGGUUCCUUUGCUAUAUUCAAGGUGGUCAGGUGGAAGGUAUGAAGAAACCAUGCUCGGGUUCAAUGGAUAGAAAACCACCAAAAGAUAUUUUGUGGAGAAUUUUUCCCCACAGAUUAUUCUUUGGUCGUGAAUCUACACUUACAUGGGGUCUUGGAGGGGUUGCUUUUGUUCAUCCUGCAAGUAGUGCUGAUGAGAAAACGUACUUCUGCAUGUACAGAAUUACAUUAGAGCAGUUCGUUGAUGUUUUGCUUCAGGAGAAUGUGCCAAAUUACAAUAUGAGUUCUCCUGUGUUUGACUCGGCUGCUCUUCAGUCUGUGAUAAACCAGGGGUCUAUGUCUUUGGAGGUUUUUAAGAGGGGUUGGUACCAUAAUGUAGUUUACUUGGGGCAGGAGCAAAAUAUUCCUAUUCUCACAAUGACCUGUCCGCCCUCAAAUGUUGAAAGCUUUAAAUCAGGAGAGCUUCCCUUGUGUGCUCCAUCCAAAGAAUACGCCAACACCUUGAUAAAAGGCCUGGUGGAAGGGGGAAAACUCUCUGAAGAGCAAGCCAUUGAUUACAUAAAGGAAGCUUCUAUUAAACCAUUGUGAUAGAAACUAUCUAGCUUUCUCAUGUGUAAAUGUUCCGUAAUGGUAGCUUUGAUUGGUAGACAAAAUGCAAUUCGUGCUCAUCAGAGAGUCUAAAGCACGGAGGAAGCUGUGAUUGCAGUCUAAUUAGGAAGUGCGAAUGGUGCAACAACGGCUAGUUGUAAAUCACAUUGAGAUUAUGCUAUGAAUUAUCUGUAUAGCUAAUUCUGGGAUGUAUUCUAGAUGAUAGUUGCGAGUUUGCUUCUGUUUUCUUCA